GUUGCUGCUUGUCCUCGUUUUGUAUUUGAUUUUCUAAUGAAAAAAAAAAUGAAAUGAAAUGAAAACGACCAAAUCUUAUCGUAAUCAAAUUGCAAAAAAUGGGCUAAUUUCUCUCUCUCUCUCUCCCUAUCUCUUGUUUCAUUUGUAUAAAAUGAGCAUAUGUAUGAUGUUAUGAUGAUGAUGAUAAUUUGCUGAUUUCAUCGACAUAUCAUUCAAAAGCAGAAAAAAAACUGACCAAUUUUUCCAUUUGUCAUCAUCAUCAUCAUCAUUAUCAUUCGAGCAGUAUUAUUAAUCAUGAACCGGCAUGUUGUAAUUGACUAAUUGAAAAAACAACUAUCAUUCAUAAUCAUCAUCAUUAUUCAUUAUUAUCAAAUAUUAAAAAAAGAAAAUGACAUUGAAAUGGUGAUAUCAUUUCACAACAAAAUUCUACAUCAUUAUUAUUCAAUCCAAAUGAAUGCCAAAUAACGUAAUAAUAAAUCGAUAAUUGAAAUUGAUUUGCUGCCAUAUAUUUAUUAUUCAAUCGAAUCAGAUCCAAUUGAUAUCCAAAAAAAAAAAAAAAAAUUCAAAAUUCCAAUUGUUUUGUUUUGUUGUUAUUCCACGGUCAAGAAGAACAAUGACAUUACCUCGUGUAUUUUAUGUUUUAUUUUUAUUUGUAAUUUUUACAUUAACUAUUGUUUUUACUAAUUAUCAUAAUUUAUCAUCUAAACAUCGAUUCGAUGAUGAUAAUCAACAUGAACAACAUCGAUCUAAAAAUGAAAUUGAUAAUGACAUCAUCGAUAACGAUAUUGGAAAUCGUCAUCAGAAUAAUACAAAAUUAAUGGGAACAAUUGAAAAAUUACAUAAUGAAAUUGAACAACUUCGGCUGCGGUUAGAACAGAUUGAGACAAAAAAUAACUUUCAAUCAUCAAAAAUUGUUACGAAUCGAAAAUUUUUUCAAAAAACUAAAUUAUUACCAUAUUCAGAAAAGAAAAGAAUUCUAAUUACUGGUGGUGCCGGUUUUGUUGGCUCUCAUCUAUUGGAUCGUUUAUUAUCCGAUGGCCAUGAAGUUAUUGUCGCUGAUAAUUUUUAUACCGGUCGACGUUCCAAUAUUGAACAUUGGCUUGGUCAUCCGAAUUUUGAACUAUUACAUCAUGAUAUUGUUAAUCCAUUGUAUGUGGAAGUGGAUGAAAUCUAUCAUCUGGCAUCACCAGCAUCACCACCACAUUAUAUGAUGAAUGCAGUGAAAACAAUCAAAACGAACACAAUGGGCACAAUAAAUAUGUUAGGAUUAGCAAAACGUGUUGGCGCUCGAAUUCUUGUAGCAUCUACAUCGGAAAUUUAUGGUGACCCCGAUGUACAUCCACAAUCGGAAUCAUAUUGGGGCAAUGUAAAUCCUAUUGGUCCACGGUCAUGUUAUGAUGAAGGUAAACGUGUUGCCGAAGCAUUAACAUAUGCAUAUGCAAAACAAGAAAAUCUCUCGGUACGUGUUGCACGUAUUUUUAAUACAUAUGGACCACGUAUGCAUGCCAAUGAUGGUCGUGUGGUAUCGAAUUUCAUUAGCCAAGCUAUACAAUCGAAACCAUUAAGUAUUUAUGGUAAUGGAAAUCAAACACGUUCAUUUCAAUAUAUUUCCGAUCUAAUCGAAGGUUUAGUACGAUUAAUGGAAAGUAAUUAUAGCAGACCAAUAAAUCUGGGUAAUCCAGAUGAAUACACUAUACAGAAAUUUGCCGAUAUCGUAUUGAAUCUUGUUCAUCGUGAUAAUGAAAAAAUUCAACAUAAUAAAGAUGAUGAUAAUCGAUUCAUGCAGCCAUAUUCAUAUCAUCAUCAUCAUCAUAUUGAAUAUUUACCGGCUAAACAAGAUGAUCCACGACGACGAAGACCGGAUAUAAAAUUAGCACUUCAAAUAUUACAUUGGUAUCCGAAUAUAACAUUAAUUGAUGGUCUAGCUAAAACUAUUGAUUAUUUUCGAUUGGAAUUGAAACGAUCAUUGGGUAGAUCAACAUGAAGAGCGAAAAAAAACCAUAUUAAACUAGCCAAUCAUCAACAAUACAAAAAACAGAAAAAGCAUCUGUGAUCAUCGAUUAAUUCAGAACAAAUUUUCAUUUCAAAAAAAAAAUCGAGAAAAUUUAAAUUCAUCCAAAAAACAACUUUGAUCAACACACACACAAUGACACAUCAGCAUCUCCUUUUUUUUCUCACUCAUCGGAUGCGGCCUAUAUAGCCUGAAAAAAAAUUGUGCAUGUACUACGAUGAAUGUUGGAACCAGAGAAACGAAAAAUGGAUCGAUAUUUUUUGUAAAACACACACUUAGGACAACGCCUCUUUUUUUUUUUUUCUUUCUCAUCAACGCCAUCAUCGAUCAUUAGUCAGAUAUAUUAUUAUUAUUAUUUAUUUAUUUCUUUCCUUGCUUGUUAGUUUGUGUUUUUUUUGGACGAAAAAAAAUCAUCAGACAUUGUCUUACAUAUAGUAGUGAUAAUUUAAUUUAUUUUUUUUCAAUUUUAUCAAAAAAAAUUUUUUUUUGUUUUCUUUUCGUUUUUAAAAAUAA